GUUUGCAAAAUAUAUAAAUAUAAUAAACUUGACAGUGUAGCUGUUUAAAAAUACAAUUAUUGCAAUUAGUGUUCACAAUGGAUUUGAUAAUAUUUUGUAUAGUUCUAACCUUUGGAACUGUGUUUUCUGCACCUGCAGGCAAUCUUUAUAUUCCCUUACUUAAGCUGAUUCCGAACGAUAACACUGAGUUGGAAAAUGAGUCGGAUAAUCAGUGUGUUACAAAAGAACACAUAAAUGCAAUCAUUGGUAAUCUGUCAAAUCAUUCGAAGGAUGCUAUAGGGAUCAAUUAUGCCACGAAAGCUGAUAUAGCCGAGUUGAAUAGAAAACUAGAUAACAUAUCUGCGAUGAUCAUGAAACAGAUCAAACAAAAAAUGCCAAUCGACUGUGAAGAUAGUCAAAAGGAAGAUUACCGAACAACUGGUGUCUAUACAAUAUACCCGUACGGAGGACCGAAAGGGAUAUCUGUUCGAUGCGAUAUGGAUACAUCGAUUGGCGGAUGGACUGUAAUUCAAAGAAGAGUUUCCGAUAGUAAUUUUUAUCAAAAUUGGGAUAUGUACGAAAGAGGGUUUGGUGAACUAGACGGAAACUUUUGGCUUGGUAAUCGCUACAUUCACCUGAUCACAAGUCAGGCAAAAUACGAACUUCGUGUUGACUUGGUGAGUUCUACUGGGGACACGGCCUAUGCUGAGUACAAAGAAUUUUCGGUUGGAGAUGUCUUGUCUAGCUACAGGCUGUAUGUUGACAAGUUUAGUGGUACAGCUAGUGACAGUUUAUCCUAUCAUAAUAGAAUGCCAUUUUCUACCUUUGAUCGGGACAAUGACCAAGGCGGCCAGAACUGUGCUGUGAUACGUCACGGUGCUUGGUGGUAUAAAUCGUGUCUUGCUUCCAAUCUCAAUGGAGACUAUGGUAACACUAAAUCAAGCAUAGGACCUAUUUGGUACCCCUGGAAGGGAGAUACAGACCCUAUGAAGAAUAUGGAAAUGAAAAUUCGCCGAGUAAAAUAGUUUUGCAUGUAUUAUAAAGCAGUAACUCAUCAUACUUUUAUGUCAUAACACUACCUGUAUGUUUGAUCUUUGUUUUAGAAAUGUAAAAAUGUGAUCGCUAAUUUGUAAAAUACAGCUUUAAACGCAUUCCUUAAAUUCAUGUUUAAAUGCAUGAAAACAUAUUUUAUUUUUUAAAUCUUUAAGUACAAAGUUAAAAGAAUCUGUUAGAUACUAGUAUUGGGUAAGGUCUUUCUGCCCGUCUUGCGAUUGUCACUGCUUGACCAGUCCACCAGUCUUGUCCUGUCUUAGGCAAUAGUGGGAUCAUAUGGUGAAAUAACUGUUCACUUUGUGACUUGACACUAUGAAACUAUUCUUUUCAAUUUAAGCUAUGGACCAAUCUUCAAGCAUCAAAAUGGCUACCAUUUUCGAGAUGGCCGCCAAGAUGGCUUCUAUAAGAUGAAACAAUUAGUGACACUGAAAAUACUGUGAAUUCAUAUAUUUUUAUUAAAUUUAUUAAAUUCAUGUUGCAUACAUAUAAA